AUGAGCGAGUGGAAGCCUAUUGGACGUGAGGUUUUGGUCAAUGGAUAUCUUCGCAAGGCUCCUUCAUCAUUGCAAAGUACUAAAAAGCAGGGAUUAAAUAUUUUUUGCACAGGAUGUAAUGUUCUUCUGGAACCGAGAUGGAAAAAACGGUUUUGUAUCUUUUACAAGGUUAGAAAUGCAACAGAAACUCAAAUAUUCUUUGAGUAUUACAACAAGGCAUCUGAUAAAAAUCCCAGAGGCAGUGUCGAUCUAAACUCCUGUGAUUGUAUUUAUGAACAGAAGGUGGGAAAUCAACUUCCAAAUGUUUUUGUUGUGCAAACAACUUAUCGAGGCAAAAGACGAGAUUAUCUCUUCUCCGCAAAUACUCCUGAAGAAAUGAAUGAGUGGAUUUCUCAGCUCACGAAGGUUCUGCAUAUGGUGCCUGAUCAGGUUUCAAACCCAGCUCCUAGUGAUAUGACAAGACGAAAUGGCAACUCGAUGAAUAACUUCUCGCCCUCCAGACUUGUGUCGACAGCAUCUAAAAUUCCAACUUUUUCAAAGAAUUCUUCCAACCUGCUAGAGGUAUGUUGUCGUUGCUCUUUAUCAUUUCUUUAUUUUUUUAUGAUACUUGGCUUGCACUUGAUCUUUACCUACGUAUUUUUUGCACGUUGCGUUAUGAUUCAUGGAAAAAAAUGUUCCGAUUUUUCAUUAUCCAAAAUGACUUUAUACGAGGGCUAA